UAUUAAAGCUGCAGUAUGUGACUUUUAUAAAGAAUAAGAUUUUUGUGCAUAUUUGUCAAAACUGUCAUGCUGAGCUCAAUCUUUUUCCACUGGUUAUCUGUUUCAUACAAUACUGUCACAACAUUGUGAUAUUUUCAACAAAUAUAUAAAACAAUAUAUUUUUUAAUAGUUACAUACUGCAGCUUUAACACCGGGAGCUGGUUUGAAAUAGUUCUCUGUGUUUCGUAGAUAACUGGAGUCACAUAAACUUACUCUUUCUUCUACAGGAACUGAGGCCUCAACAGAGAUAAAAAUAUGUCUGGAAGGAUGGAUGGAAAUGACAUGGAAAUACCCUUGUGAUGAACGAAAAUAUGAUAAACUCAAAGUAAUUUUACCAACUAAAACCAUACAGGUCAAUCAGACAGACAAAUGGGAAAAAAGUGGCAAAUAUUUUUUUUACCAUGAUACAUUGGAAAAAUAUCUUAGACUAAAGGUAUGGCCUUUUAACUCCAAGGACAAUGGAACGUAUGGAUUUAAUUGUGAUGAAAACGCAAAAAAGAGUGAAGUAAAGAUUGUUGAAAAAACACACUGCAAGACACUCAAUCAAACUGCUUACCGAACAGCUAAAACGACCAUCAAAUGUGAUUAUCCACAUAUGUAUCUGUCCAAGACCAAGUUCAUCUGCAAAGAAAACAACUUUACUUGUAAGAGUAUCUUAACAACAAAAUCAUCUAAAAAUUCAACAGGAAGAUUCACCCUGACUCAUACCAGCAGUGACUUCAAUUUGUCAAUUAGUCCUGUGUCCUUAAACGAUGCUGGUGUUUAUUGGUGUGGAGUGAUAGAAAGCAAUGGCAGUUACCAAGCUGGAAUCUCAAAAAUACAGCUGGAGGUUAAAAAUAUCACGAUGUUCCCAAGAUUGAGAACUCCAGGACAAGAUUUAAAAUAUUAUUGCAAAUACGGAAGCAAUUUCUCUAACCUGACAAAAUGUAUCUGUAAGGGAGAAAAUCAAGAUGAAUGUCGGGAUGUUGGAAGCACCACAAACAACAUGAGUAGGAGGUUUAUGAUGAAGGACAACAAAAUAAACAACACCAUCACCAUAGAAGUGAGAAAUGUAACAGUAGCUGACUCUGGAACUUACUGGUGUGGAGCCAACAAGGACAACAGCAAAAUAUUUAUUCACAAGUUAGCCUUGAAAGUAGGUGAGUCAUUUUGUUCCUACCCUGAUUCUGACAGCUUAGGUGUAGUUUGACAAAUAUGCAGAAACCAGAGCAGUAAGUAAAGUGGUGAGCAUUUUCAGACAUGGAAUUAAGACACCAGACACUCCUAGACAUUCCUAGAUUACCUACUUUUAUUGGUAAUACGUCUAACACUGACCCACAAGUCUGUUUGUGCAUUCCCAUAUAUUUGAGUAUUAUAGAAAAUAUUUUUAUCUGUAAUUCAUUAGUAUGAGAUUAAUGCAUGUCAAACAUUUAUUUAUUUUCAUUUGCUGAUUAUGGUUUGCUGUUAAUUAAAACUAAUAUUGCAUUUUUUGUUAUCCCACACAUCAUUCUCGCUUAGAUAACUCGGCAACUUUACCUGCAAAUACAUUUGGUAAGAGACUACUGUAUUUUUUGUUUUUAAACUGCUUAAUAAUCAAUUAAUUUCUCUGUGUUGACGAGUGCUUGAAACAAGACUGUGUCUGUACAUUGUAGGUGACAUAAAGAAAUUUCUGAUCACUGGUACAGUUGUGGUGAUACUUCUGCUUUGGACAACAACUUUGAUCAUUAUAUACAAACGUAAGCAUGUUCAUAUUUAUUUGAACAACAGAACACAAGCAAUAUUAUUAUAUAAAACCACAUUCUUACACUUUACAUGUGUAGAUUAAAUCUAAAGAGCCACAAUAGGAAGACCAUUUUUGCUGAUUUAUCAGACAUUAAAUUGUUUCUUCUAAAAAGAAAGAUUCUUAGAUAAUAGUUUUCUGUGUUCUCAUUUAUUUAAUUUUUUGUACUCUUCUUUUUUUGAAAAGGAGAUUCAAAUACAAAAAACACAGGCCGCAGCGAAGCAGAAUAUCAUCCAACAGAGGUUAGUUUUAAAUUCUACACUUUCUGUGUUAAAGUGUUGUUGCACCAACACAUAGAUUUUGUUAUGCCAGUAACCAGAUUUAUAUUAUUUCUCUGUUAGGAGCAUUUCUAUGAAGAAGUGACAGAGCAUAAGACACUGGUGAUUCCUACCUAUGCCAACACUCCUACAAAUGAGCCAGCCCUGCUGCCGUACUCUAUUGUCAGCUUUCAAAGGACUUAAGAGAAUAAGGCUGACACAGAAGUUCUGCCCCUUUAACCCACCUCUACUUUGUGCAGCUGAAGCUCAAUCUUCCCAACUGAUCAGCCAUCCAGAUCUACAGACCAACCCCUUUACUCAGCAGUUAAGAAGACAAAUGCAAAAUGAAAAAUAAAUAAAUAAAUAAAAAAUAAAUAAAUAAAAAUAAUAUACA